UUUUAAUAUUGAUGUAGUAUCAAAGGUUUUGGUCAGGUGUAUAUCAUGCUUAAAGCAGGUGCUUCUGUCUUCUCAGGUUGGGAUAGUGACAUGGCCUCACUGCUACUGCUGGUCUACCUACUGCCACCACCUCCAAGUGGAAAGAAGGGAGCUGUAAAGAUCAGUACCCGGGAAGCUGUGGACCAUGUAGUCAAAUUUCAUAAGUCAUGUCGCAGCCUUCAGGAGCACUCUGGUCCAAACCAGCGGAGGCAGACCUACAUCCUGGCAGUUGGGACGACAAGAAAGCACAUCCACGAGUUCUACAUUGCAUUGGAUGGUGAUCUCCUUCCCUGCAAGGGCAAGUCUUCCCUGUCAGCCUUUGAUGAACUUUUCAAAGCACAUUAUGUUUUCGGCAUCUCCUAUGACCAGGCCUUAAAUGGCAUGUACACAUUUGUGCAGACCACCAUCUACAACAUUGAUGUUGGUCAUUCUCACGAAACUCCCAGAGUCAAGGACCUAAGAGCUAAGCUCCUCAACUAAAAAGUUAUGAUGUUCAGAUGCUUUGUUUGCAAGUCUAGUUUUGUUACCGUUCAAAUGUUGAUCCGUCAUCUCAAAGUUUUCCAUGCCUUUUAUCCUGGUAAGAAGUUUCAGUUAAUGUGUUACCAGGCUGGAUGCCACCAGAGAUUUUGGACUUUUUCAGGCUUUAGAAAACAUCUCCAUAUCAAACAUCGCGCUAAAAAUCUAGAUCAAUUUGAGAACGAACCCAUCAUAGUUGAGAACGAACCCGUCAUAGUUGACGUAGCUGAUGAUGUUAAUUUAAUUCCAGAGCAACCAGAGAAUUCUCAAAGCUGUAAUGAGACCAGGCAACAUACCCAAGAAAUGUGUGCAUCCCUUAUUGCAAAUCUCCAAAGCUGUGGUGUGGCUACUAAUGUCAUAACGACUGUUGUUGAAAAUAUGGAGGAACUUGUAGAGGAAUUACAUUCAAAUGUUAAAGAUGAUGUUGUAAAAUUACUCUCUAACGAUGAGGAGAUCAGAACAAAGUUUGACGAUUAUUUUGACAACCUUGAAAAUCCAUUUAGCAAACUAAACACUGAGGCAAAAAGGAAAAAACAUUUCAGUGAGAAAUGGGGUAUUGUAGAACCUGUAGAGGUAGCCCUAGGAGUGAGGUAUGAUGCUAGAAGGAAUCGAACUACUGGCACAUAUGAUCAAGUUCCCAUAACAGACAAAUUUGUUUAUAUUCCUCUAUUGCAAACUUUGAAGUUCAUAUUCACCAACCAAGAGAUCUGUGAUCAUUUUGUGCAGCCUUGUGAGAAAACUGGGUUUUACAAAGACUUCUGUGAUGGUAACUAUUUUAGAGACCACCCCCUCUUCUCUGAAAAACCAAACUCUCUCCAAAUACAGAUAUUCUACGAUGAUUUUGAAAUGGCAAAUCCUCUCGGAUCCAAGCAUGGUAUCCAUAAGGUUGGAAGUAUAUACUUUGUUUUACGAAACCUAUCUCCAAAGAUUAACUCUGCUCUUAUGAAUAUUCAUCUUUUAGCCCUUUUUCAUACUGAGGAUGUGAAGAAGUAUGGAUUUGAUUUAAUCUUACAGCCCCUCGUACGUGAUCUGAAAAUCCUUGAGUGUACAGGAAUUGAAGUUCCUUUCUCUGAUGAACCAGUUUACGGAACAAUUGCACAAGUAACUGGAGACAAUUUGGGAUUGCACUCAUUACUCGGGUAUGUUGAAUCAUUCAGUGCAAACAAUUUCUGUCGUUUUUGUCUAGUGGACAAACAGACCUCACAAACGGUUUUCAGGGAUGAUGAUCCAAGAAUAACAUUGCGUAAUAAAGCACUGCAUGAUCAGCAUUGCAAUGACCUCAUGGUAGAUCCUACACUGCCAUCCACAUUUGGAGUUAAGCGACAAUGUUUAUUCAAUGAUCUACAGUACUUUCAUGUUUCUGAAAAUUAUGCUGUAGACAUUAUGCAUGACAUAUUGGAAGGAGUGGGGCAAUUUGAGCUGAAGUUGCUGUUUGCUUACCUCUCAGACAACAAAAUCAUAUCCAAGACAGAUGUUUGUAACCGAAUAUACUCAUACAAUUAUGGCUUUGUUGAGCGAAAAAAUCGUCCAACCAGAAUAAACUUGGAGCAGAAUGGAAACGGAAUUGGUCUCAAUGCCAUUCAAACUUUUUGCCUAAUCCGGAAUAUGCCCUUGAUAUUUGGAGAUGUUUUACGAGAAGGAAAUGCCCACUAUAGACUCUUGUUGCUUCUGUUGCAAAUUAUGAACAUUAUAUUGUCUCCAGUUGUUACUGAUGGAAUGACAGUAUGUCUGAAGCAUCUCAUUGUUGACCAUCACCAACUUUUCAAAGAGCUUUACCCACAUCGCAGAAUGAUCCCUAAACAUCACUUCAUGAUUCAUUACCCCAGAGUAAUUCGAAAAAUAGGUCCAAUUCUACAUGUUUGGUCAAUGAGAUUCGAAGCCAAACAUAGGUUUUUCAAAAACACAAUCAAAAAUUUCAAAAAUAUAACAAAGUCAUUGGCCCAAAAACAUCAGAUGGCUAUAGCAUACCAUUGGGAAUCAAUGCCAUUUAAAAGUAUUGACUGUGGGCCAGUAAAAACUGUUCAGCUCAUUGAAUAGCCACAUGGUGAGAUGAUUGCAGAAGAACUGCAGGUUGACUUAGACUGUGAAGUUGAUCUGACUUCUUGGAUCACUUGUUUUGGAACUGAGUAUCGUCCAGGCCUUUUAGUUUGCACGGACAAAGAGGACGAUUUGCCUGUAUUUAGUCAGAUAAAAGACAUCAUUGCAUUUAAUCGAGAAUAUUUUCUUGUAACAGAGGACUUUCAGACACUUUGUUUUGCAGAGCAUUUUCAUUCCUUUCAUGUGACACAGGGAAAUGAUCAUAAUGUUUCCAUGCUUAAAGUUGAUAAAUUGCACUUCUUUAAGCCGUUUGAUCUGCAAACUACUUAUGGUUUUGAUAGGGAUUAUCAAUAUGUUGUUCCUGUACAUGUGUUUGUAUGAGUUUGUGGUUUUUGUACAUCCAUGAACUGUUAAAUAAAACAGACAUA